UCUCGGCUUGCCAGGAGGCCGGGACUUUCCGGGAAGCGUGGAGUUCACCCGCGCACUCGAAGUGCCUUUGCAAAGUGAUCCACGGGAGGGAGGAGCGGUCCCCGAGCUGGGCGAGGCCUGGGGCCCAGUGCGUCCAGAGCGGAGGGUGACGGGAGCUGCCUGUGCUGGAGGAAUCACUUUUUGGGCGCUUGUUUUGGACCAUUGCACAAACCCGGGUGCAAACCCCAAGCUCACCAGCGUGAGUCAGCUGGGCCAGCAGCAGGGAGAGGGGAGGGUGGGCGAGGAGGGCGCCGCGCACCCCGAGGCCCGGGUGGGCGGCGGCAAGAUCCUGGGGGCGGCUUUGGAUAGCCCCGGCAGCGACCCCUUCCCCAGCCCGACAGGUGAGCGCCAGGCCAGCUGCGGGGUUGAGCCCGCCGUGCCCACCAGCCACUCUACCCGGCGCUACGACCACCGCGCAGAUUAUAUCUGGGUGUUGGCACCCAGCCACUAUUCUGCCAAUGAAGUACAUCCUGGUCACGGGUGGGGUCAUCUCAGGCAUUGGUAAAGGGAUCAUUGCCAGCAGCAUUGGGACGAUUCUAAAAUCAUGUGGACUCCGAGUUACUGCCAUCAAAAUCGACCCCUAUAUUAACAUCGAUGCUGGCACUUUUUCACCUUAUGAACACGGUGAAGUCUUCGUCUUAAAUGACGGUGGAGAAGUUGAUUUAGACCUUGGAAAUUAUGAAAGAUUUUUGGAUAUUAAUCUUUAUAAAGACAACAAUAUCACCACAGGGAAGAUAUAUCAGCAUGUGAUCAACAAAGAGAGGCGCGGCGACUACCUGGGGAAAACAGCGCAAGUUGUCCCUCACAUUACUGAUGCUGUCCAGGAGUGGGUUAUGAACCAAGCCAAGGUGCCGGUGGAUGGUAAUAAGGAAGAGCCCCAAAUAUGCGUUAUUGAGCUGGGGGGCACCAUUGGAGACAUCGAAGGAAUGCCGUUUGUGGAAGCGUUUAGACAAUUCCAGUUUAAGGCGAAAAGAGAGAAUUUCUGUAAUAUCCAUGUUAGCCUUGUCCCACAGCUCAGUGCUACCGGAGAACAAAAAACCAAACCCACCCAAAACAGUGUCCGCGCGCUGAGGGGGUUAGGCCUGUCUCCAGAUUUGAUUGUCUGCCGAAGUUCAACGCCCAUCGAGAUGGCCGUGAAGGAGAAGAUUUCUAUGUUUUGUCACGUGAACCCUGAACAGGUCAUAUGUAUCCAUGAUGUUUUUUCCACAUACCGAGUUCCUGUGCUUUUGGAGGAACAAGGCAUUGUCAAAUAUUUUAAGGAGAGAUUGCACCUGCCCAUUGGUGAUUCUGCAAGUAAUUUGCUUUUAAAGUGGAGAAAUAUGGCUGACAGGUAUGAAAGGUUACAGAAAAUAUGCUCCAUAGCCCUGGUUGGCAAAUACACCAAGCUCAGAGACUGCUACGCCUCUGUGUUCAAAGCCCUGGAACACUCAGCCCUGGCCAUCAACCACAAGUUGAAUCUGAUGUACAUAGACUCCAUUGAUCUGGAGAAGAUUACUGAAACCGAGGACCCUGUGAAAUUUCACGAAGCUUGGCAGAAGCUAUGCAAAGCAGAUGGUAUUCUUGUGCCUGGAGGCUUCGGAAUCAGAGGAACAUUGGGAAAACUCCAGGCGAUUUCUUGGGCAAGGACAAAGAAGAUUCCUUUUCUGGGAGUUUGUCUUGGGAUGCAACUAGCAGUGAUAGAGUUUGCAAGAAACUGCCUUAACUUGAAAGAUGCUGAUUCCACAGAAUUUAGGCCAAAUGCCUCAGUUCCUCUGGUGAUUGAUAUGCCUGAGCACAACCCUGGCAAUUUGGGAGGAACAAUGAGACUGGGAAUAAGAAGAACUGUUUUCAAAACUGAAAAUUCAAUAUUAAGUAAGUUUCCCAUGUUGUUUAUUUUACAAGACGUCGGAUGUCGCUCAUGUGACUGCAGUGACUCACAAAUGAACUUCCAAGUAGGAGGGCAGUUGUGCAUCUCAGAAGCAUAUUUCUCUGUUCCCUGGCAGCCCCAGUGUGGGGAGAUGGCUUGCCAUUUGCUAUUUGCUGAUCUUUCCACUCCCCGAAAGGUAAACCCUAAGCUGAUCAACCAAUUUGAGCAGAAUGACUUAAGUUUUGUAGGUCAGGAUGUUGAUGGAGACAGGAUGGAAAUCAUUGAACUGGCAAAUCAUCCUUAUUUUGUUGGUGUCCAGUUCCAUCCUGAGUUUUCUUCUAGGCCGAUGAAGCCUUCUCCUCCGUACCUGGGGCUGUUACUUGCAGCAACAGGGAACCUGAAUGCCUACUUGCAACAGGGUUGCAAACUGUCUUCCAGUGAUAGAUACAGUGAUGCCAGUGAUGACAGCUUUUCAGAGCCAAGGAUAGCUGAGUUGGAAAUAAGCUGAAACGAAUACAUGACUGGGAAUAAUGGGGACUGCCUGUGAGGCAUCUGAAAUUAUUGAAGGCAAGAUGAAGGAACUAUCUGAAGAAAUCACUACACUCUUACAGAAUCCCUCUGUUCUCCGGCAAACAUGGGAUGUAAAGCCUCCCAGGGAAUCUCAUAAUACAUACUUCUGUGAACCAGAACCAGAGGGGUAGUUUUCUUUUCCCUCCAGAGGCAGCCUUUGGUACUUAAAAUAUCUGUAGCUGAUUAAAUUUUUCCCAACAACCUCGCUGGGGAGAAAGUGUGUUCAUAUUUUGUCCAGUGGAUCAGGAUGUUAGGAUGACGAGCAAGAGUCCAGGUCACUGUGCCUUUGCUGUGAUGUAUGGAAAGGAUGGCAGGGAACAUGCCGUAAGUAAUUUUGAGUAAGAAAAUGAGUCACUGUGUUACCUGGAACUCAGCCACAGAUUUGUGUGUGGUCCAAGAUCAUUUCAGUUUCUCACCCUGUUUAUUUCCUGGUAAAAGUAAAAUUGAAUAGGUCCAAGACACUUGGGGGUGUAAUGCUUUGCCUCAGACACAAAAUUUAAGGGGGUUCCAAAAAACUCAGGAAUCAAGAUCAGUAAUACAGUUUGAGUAUCCCUUAUGUGAAAUGCUUGGGGCUGGAAGUGUUUUGAAUUUCAGAUUUUGGAAUAUUUGCAUACACAUGAGAUAUCUUGGGGAUGAGACUCAAGACUAAACAUGAAAUUCAUUUAUGCUUCAUAUACACCUUAUACACAUAGCCUAAAGGUAAUUUUAUACAAUAUUUUAAAUAAUUUUGUGCAUGAAACAGAGUUUCGACUGCAUUUUGACUGUGAUUUCUGGAAUGAGAUCAGGUAUGGAAUUUUCCACUUCUAGCAUCAUGUUGGCAUUCAAAAAUUUUGGAAUUUUGGAGCAUUUUGGAUUUUGGAUUUUCAGAUUAGGGAUGCUCAACCUGUAUAUAUACAUUUUAAUCGACGUGAAAUUCACGUAACAUAGAAUUAACCAUUUUGAAGUGAACAAUUUGGUUGCAUUCACUGAUGCUGAGCAACCACCACCUUUGACUAUUUCCAAAACAUUUUCAUCACUCCAAAAUAAAUGCCUGUGCACACUAGCAGUCACUCCCUAUUUUCCCCUCCACCUGUCCACUGGCAACCACUGAUCUCCUUUUUAUUUCUGUGGCUUUUUCUAUUCUGGAUAUUUCAUGUAAGUGGAAUUAUACAAUAUAUGUGGUCUUUUGUGUCUAGCUGCUUCUGAGACAGUAGGAAGGGGGCUUGGCUUUGGCUCAUCUCCACUAGAGCAUUUUUUCAUGCAUUCCCACUGAUCACAAAACCCAUACUACUACCUCAUUGACACUAUACCUGCUAACCUCGAGGCUUUAGUCAUACAAAGAAAAUGGCCUUUCUAGAUUGUUCUUCUGUGCUCUCAUAAUGCUUAACCAUGUCUUUUACUUAAACAAUUCCAGGAACUGGCCUUAGGAGAUCCAAAAUAGGGAGCCAAGAUUGCAGAGUGUCCCAUCUUGGGAGGGAAUGCUGAAUAAUUAAUUGAUUUACAGCCUUGUUGCUGCUGGCCAGACCACCCGAUGGCCCAUUACUCGAGAUAAUCAUCACAACCAGAUGAUGCUAACCUAUAUCCUCUACCCUUCCCGUGCUUUGUCUGGGAAAAGUCUUUUGACCCCAUGUCAAUUUCUAUUGCAUUGAGAGACCAAGAGCCCCCUGGUCAGUCAGGCUUCCAUUUAGCAUGAUGUUUGCAAGGUUUACCCAUGUUGUAGCAUGUGUCAGAACUUCAUUCCUUUCUAUGGCUGAAUAAAAUUCCAUUGUAUGAAUAUACCA